ACCGAGAGCGCCUUGAAUCCCAAGCAGCCUGGAAAAACAGGCAGGAAUCCGCAGGAAUCUGCCCUCCCGUGUUCCUUGGGUCCCUCUGAUUAUGGAUUCCCCUCUCUCUUUCAAAACCUUUUUUCUUUUUUUGCUUGCAAGUAGCCUUUUUGCCAUAAUGGCCUUCUUGCCUUGUUUGAUUUGCACGGAAGGAGAAGAGGCUCCUGCUGCUGCUGCAUUCGGUCACUGAUCUCUCCCUCCUUCUAAGCCGUCUGGCCUGAGGCUAUGCUGAGGUUUCUCGCCCGCUUGUACUGUUGCAGCUCCAGUGGCGAAGAAUAUUCCGAGGAUGACAAAUGUAUUCUGAGUCGUAUUGCGGUGACCAACAUGCCAUUGAAAUGGAAAACGAGCUCGCCUGCUAGCUGGAAGUUCCCCGUGCCUGUGCUUAAAACCUCCCGGUCAUCGCCACUUUCUCCAGCGUACAUAUCUUUGGUUGAAGAGGAAGACCCUCAAAUGAAAGUGACUCUGGGGAGCAGCGAUAUGGGCUUGUCUGCUCACCUGCAGGCAUCGAAGGCAGGAACCACCAGAUUCUUUACCAGCAACACUCACAGUUCUGUGGUCCUUCAGGGUUUUGACCAGCUCCGCCUGGAAGGCUUGCUUUGUGAUGUGACGUUAGUGCCAGGCGAUGGAGAUGAAGUGUUCCCUGUGCACAGGGCGAUGAUGGCGUCCGCUAGUGAUUACUUCAAGGCCAUGUUCACAGGUGGGAUGAAAGAACAAGACUUAAUGUGCAUUAAGCUCCACGGCGUGAACAAAAUAGGUUUAAAGAAGAUCAUUGAUUUUAUUUAUACGGCGAAACUUUCCCUCAACAUGGACAACCUGCAGGAUACUCUAGAAGCGGCCAGCUUUUUGCAGAUCUUGCCUGUGCUGGACUUCUGUAAAGUGUUUCUUAUAUCUGGGGUGUCCUUAGAGAACUGCGUUGAGGUGGGGCGAAUUGCCAACACAUACAACCUCACUGAAGUGGAUAAAUAUGUGAACAAUUUCAUCCUCAAAAACUUUCCAGCCCUGCUAAGUACGGGAGAGUUUGUGAAACUCCCUUUUGAGCGCCUUGCCUUUGUCCUCUCAAGUAAUAGCCUUAAGCACUGUACCGAGCUGGAACUUUUCAAAGCCGCCUGCCGGUGGCUGCGGUAUGAGGAGCCACGCAUGGAAUGCGCUGCAAAGCUCAUGAAAAACAUCCGUUUCCCUCUGAUGACGCCCCAGGAUCUAAUCAACUAUGUCCAGACGGUGGAUUUCAUGAGGACUGAUAAUACUUGUGUCAAUUUGCUCUUGGAAGCCAGUAACUAUCAAAUGAUGCCCUACAUGCAGCCGGUGAUGCAGUCGGAGAGGACGGCCAUCCGGUCGGACAGCACCCACCUGGUGACCUUGGGAGGGGUCCUCCGGCAGCAACUGGUUGUGAGUAAGGAACUGCGGAUGUACGAUGAGAAAGCACACGAGUGGAAGUCCCUGGCCCCCAUGGACGCCCCCCGGUACCAGCACGGCAUCGCUGUGAUUGGGAACUUCCUCUAUGUGGUUGGUGGGCAGAGCAAUUAUGACACAAAAGGGAAGACGGCUGUCGACACGGUUUUCAGGUUUGAUCCUCGCUACAAUAAGUGGAUGCAAGUGGCUUCUUUAAAUGAAAAGCGGACCUUCUUCCACCUAAGUGCCCUCAAAGGACAUUUGUAUGCAGUUGGUGGUCGAAAUGCAGCUGGGGAAUUAGCUACGGUGGAGUGUUACAAUCCCAGAAUGAACGAGUGGAGCUACGUGGCGAAGAUGAAUGAGCCCCAUUAUGGACACGCAGGGACGGUGUACGGGGGGCUGAUGUACAUUUCAGGUGGCAUCACCCACGACACUUUCCAGAAGGAGCUCAUGUGCUUCGAUCCCGACACGGACAAAUGGACUCAGAAGGCCCCCAUGACUACCGUGCGGGGCCUCCACUGCAUGUGCACGGUGGGCGACAAGCUCUAUGUCAUCGGGGGCAACCACUUCCGGGGCACCAGUGACUACGAUGAUGUGCUCAGCUGCGAAUAUUACUCCCCGACGCUGGACCAGUGGACUCCGAUUGCGGCCAUGCUCCGGGGCCAGAGUGACGUUGGGGUGGCCGUUUUUGAGAACAAGAUCUACGUGGUCGGAGGCUAUUCAUGGAACAACCGCUGCAUGGUGGAAAUCGUUCAGAAGUACGACCCGGAGAAGGACGAGUGGCACAAGGUCUUUGACCUCCCAGAGUCCCUGGGGGGCAUCCGGGCCUGCACGCUGACAGUUUUCCCCCCUGAGGACAAUCUAGCUUCGCCUUCGCGGGAGUCGCCUCUUUCGGCGCCUUGAGAGCGGUCCGGGGGCUUGCUGGGCCCUUCCUCUCCCUCUGCUCCCGCUGCACCAUGGGUCCUCUCCUCGUCUUCUUCGGCAGUUUCUGUGUGGCUCACCCUGAAGCUGUUGGCAAAUAAUGGGUGGGGUGGGUUGGGGGGCUCCAAGGAGAGCCGUGAAGCUUCCCCUGUUGUUUGGUCCAAGGUGUUUCUCGCAGUAGGCCUGGAAAGAGCUGAACUCCGUGUCUCCGGGAGCCAAAUGCUUAACGAAUGAGGAAAAAACUCUUCGGUUUUCAAAACGCUUCAGGCACCUUGCGCAUCACUCUUGGGGCAGCGUAACUUGCAGGAGAGGGGAAGAAGAAGAUGGAGCAAAUGGCAAGUGCAGGGCCCCUUGGCUAAGCCUGGAGGGUCAUGGGUGGGGAGAAGGGCCCCAGCUGCCCCCCUUCUGAAUGGAGCGUUUUAGACUUCUGGACCGUGGCUCAGCACGAAAUGGCCUUGCGGGAGUUUGGAAGCAGUGAAGGAGGGCACCUGCAGAGAGCUUGGGUCUGUACAUCUGGGGGGGGGCUUACCCUCUCCUGCCCUCCCCACAUUAAAAACAUGAAGCAUUAACUGAGGGUUUUUGUUCUUUUUCUCUCUGCCUUCCCUCCCCCUCUCCCUCUCCUUCAGUGAUUUGGGGACCCAGUUAGAUCUCUGCACUGGAUUUCAAAAGAGACAAGGGCUAGAACUCUCACUGGCGAAGCUGCUCCACUUUUGACCAGGCAGUUCCCUCCGGAUGAAAAUGCAUCUGUCCAUCUUGCCCCCCCCUUCCCCCCCCCGGUCCCUCUGCCUCUGAGCCCUCCGUAUAAAAUCUCAGUUCAGACAGUUUAGCACAAACACAGCUUGGACAGAGCUGCUUUUGCUCAGAGAAUUCAGGCUACCCUGUUUCUUUUGUUCAAUAAAAUCUUUAACUGCAAUUA